AUGGCUGUCGACGAGGGCACACAGACCAACGGCGUCGCCGCGCCCGCCGCGGGGAAGCUCGACGCACAAGAGGUGCAGGAGAGCAAGUGGACGGUGCAGACCGUCCUCGCAGACAUCGAGCACGGCUACCAAGAAUCCACCGACUCGCCCGUCCCCUUCUUCCACCUCUUGGAGCGCCUCAAGACCACCAAGCGCGCGGGCUGGCGCCGCUUCGGCAUCGACAACUGCGAGAGCAUCUCCGACCACAUGUACCGCAUGAGCAUCCUGACGCUGAUGGCGCCGCAGUCGGUCAGCUCGCGGCUCGACAUCCUGCGGUGCUGCCGCAUGGCGCUGAUCCACGACAUGGCCGAGUCGCUGGUCGGCGACAUCACGCCCGUGGAUCCCGUGUCCAAGGAGGAGAAGAGCCGCCGCGAGUCGGAGACGAUGGAUUACAUCUGCACGAACCUGCUUGGCAAGUUCAACGGCGGGCUGAAUGGACAGGAUGUGCGCCAGAUCUGGCAGGAGUAUGAGGACAGCGUGACCGCGGAGAGUCUGUUUGUGCACGACAUCGACAAGAUCGAGCUGCUGCUGCAGAUGGUCGAGUACGAGCGCAGCCAGAAGUGCGAGACGGACCUGGGCGAGUUUACCUGGGUGGCGCAGAAGAUCCAAAGCCCGGAGAUCAAGACGUGGACUACGGCGGUAUUCCGCGAGAGACAGGAGCUGUGGAAGAAGGCGGGCAAGACGUGCAGCUGGCGCGCGGACACGGAGCCCAAGGACGAGGCGUAG